ACGCGAAGAGACAUCUAUAUCUGGUGAAACAGUCUCAGUUUUAAACAUAUCAUCAGCUCAACCAACAGAUGGUGGGCGAUAUUCUUGCCGAGCUUCCAACUCUCUUGGCUCUGUUUCUCACAGUGCCAGGCUGAAUAUAUAUGGUCCACCAGCGGUGCGUGCACUGGAGCCUGUAAGAGCUGUUGCUGGAGACAACCUCACGCUGCUUUGUCCCUACUCCGGAUAUCCGAUCAGCUCUGUAAGAUGGAGCAGGCGUGGUGCGGCUACCGCGUUAGAAGGUGCAGGUGGCCGCGUCUGGGCAAGAGCUGCGACCCUGAAGCUUUCACCUGCAAUGGCUCAAGACGCCGGACACUAUACCUGUACUGUCACAGCACCACCUGCGACACCUGCUACCCGGGAUAUCGAGAUACAAGUCCGAAAUCCUCCAAAGAUAUCACCGUUCAUGUUCUCUCCGGAACUGACAGAGGGUGCAACGGUGCAGGUACUAUGCGGCGUUUCUUCAGGAGAUAAACCUCUAUACUUCUCGUGGUUUAAAGAUGGCCAGCCCCUGCCAUCUAAUUUGCAGAUAGAGGAGAAAAGUUUGAACGAGUUCUCACUUUUAAUGUUCCCCGAACUACGAGCGGCGCAUAGUGGACGAUACACUUGCCGCGUCGCGAACCGAGCCGCUGCUGCAAAUUACACAGCUAUACUUACUGUUAAGGUUGCUCCAAGUUGGGAAACGGAACCACUUGACUCCGCGGUUCUGCUGGGUGCACCUUUAAAACUUGAUUGCGCGGCGAGAGGAUUUCCCGCGCCUCUUGUGGCAUGGUAUAAGAAAAUUGAGGGAGCAAGUAGUGGGGAUGGAACAGAGCGUUGGGAAGCAACAGCUCCAGGUUGGGAGGGAGGCGAAAGACGGUCUGAAGAGGGUCAGGCCAGCGAUGCCGUACGAGCCACGUUAUCCGCUAGAACAGCAUUGCGAUCCCAUCAGGGUCUGUAUCGUUGCAGUGCUGAAAACGGAGUCGGUCCACCUCUACUGAAACAAGUUAAUAUCACUGUUCACGAGCCUGCAAACUUUGGGACUUCAAGUGACGUGUCACGCAACACCUCAGCUGUGCUCGGGCAAAGCGCUACGCUUAGCUGUCUAGCGCAUGGCGACCCUCCGCUGACUGUACAUUGGACGCACCACGGACAUAGACUAGACCUUGAUAAUUACAGGUGGCGGGUAACAGAGACACGUACCGCAGAAGGAACUCGAUCCGCUCUACGUCUGCGUGCAGCUGAGCGUGCAGAUGCCGGCGAGUACCGAUGUGUUGCGCGUAACGCCCAUGGCCGUGCUGAUCUCUUACUCUACCUGCAUGUACACGAGCCACCAGAAGCGCCACGCUCCUUGCAGUUAGUAGGACUAGGAGGAACAUGGGUGCAACUAAGUUGGCAAGCACGUUCGCCACCCGGCACACGCUUCACUGCAUUUGUGACAUCACUUGAACCCAGCACACUCGUCCCUGACCAGUACAAUCUUACUGUUCAACGUGAUGAUCAUAGCGAAAUUUUGGACACGGGACGAGAUAAACUCCUUGCCAGGCUGGAAGCACUACGUGCGGCACAUGAAUACUCUCUAAGAUUAGCAGCUCACAACCACGUCGGCACAUCACCGCUAUCAGAUCCAUUGCGAUUUACCACUCUAGAAGAAGCACCUGGAGGUGCACCACAAAACGUUCGCGUGAGGCCAGUUGACUCUGGAGAACUACGUGUAUCAUGGAGUAUUCCAGAACGCGACAGCUGGAACGGCGACCUUCUAGGCUAUGUUGUGUCAUGGCGGGAAACGGAAGGCAGCGGGGCAGGGCAGGUGAUAGUGCGGGGUGGGGGCGGGGAAGCACGGAUGGCGAUUUGGGGAGCUAAAGGCAGACUGGCCUUCACCGUUCGAGCCUUUAACCGCGCUGGUGUUUCGCCACCAUCACAUACAGUAUAUGCUGCUGCACCAGCUGCAGGUCUAGUACCACCCAGUGCUGUACGCUGUGAAGCAGUAUCAGCAAGAGCAGUACGAGUUCGCUGGUCGUCGCCAGCCUCAGCCCUUCUUCACUACGAUAUAAUUUACGCGCCAAUAAUAUUUUCACAAACAUGGAGUGGAGCGUCUCGGACAGCAGCAGCACAAGCCGAUGGCAGUGGUGGUGAGGCAGUGGUGUCAGGCCUUCGAGCUGCUGUUAACUACUCACUCAGUGUACGAGCUCGAACCAACGGUGGCAGUGGUCCAUUGUCAAACCCCGUUUACUGUCAAACCAAAGAGGACGUUCCUGGAGCACCUGAAGCAGUCCGUGCAGUGGCAGCAUCAGCUCAAGCAGUCCGAGUGACAUGGGCAGCACCACCUCCCGAAGUUCGCGGGGGACGCAUCACUCACUACACGCUAUAUACGAGGGAACUGGGAAAAGUGGGCGGGGAAUGGGCUCAACGCGUGGAAACGGAGGAAGACACAAGUGAGGUUCGACGAGAAGUCCGCGGUCUUCGCGAUGGUGCAGUGUACGAGUUCUGGGUGCGAGCUUCAACCUCUGCUGGACCUGGGGCUCCUUCGCGUGCCGUUACUGCCGCUCCUGCUCAUUCUGUAUCGGCGCGGAUAUCAUCAGUGAGCAUAGAAAUAGUAGCGGCCGUGGGCACGCGCGUUCGACUAGCGUGUGCCGCAUUGGGGGCCCCGCCACUACGACGCCGCUGGGCCCCACUACCACCGCAACACACUAUUACCGAUACUGGCGAUUUGAUUAUUAACAAGCUAGAAGAAAGGUGGUCAGGAAACUACACCUGCUCAAUACGCAACGCAGCAGGCACAGACACUAUACGACACGGCGUUAUAGCAGCGGCGACUCCAAGUACGCCUGUUCCGCGCCUUUUAAGAGCAGACACGCACCGACUGGUAGUGGGAUGGGAAGCAGUACGUGAUGGUGGCGCCCCUCUCCUUCACUAUAGUGUUCAGUGGCGAUCGGGAUGGGGGCAUAAGGAAAUGGGACAGCAAACAGCGGGCGGCGAGCAAGCCGUAGGAGUAGACGAAACGCGGUGUGAAGUUGGCGUGUUAGAAUGCGGCGCACGUUAUACAAUCACAAUGCGGGCCCACAACGCAGCUGGGGCCUCCCCUUACUCCGCUCCUUUACAAGUCCGGACCAGUGGAGACAAGGCUCUGGCGCCACCUGGCAGGCAAAGCAUCUGGGCGAACAGCACCGCCCUACGCGUUUCUUUGCUGGCGUGGGGCGGGCGUUGUACAGUAGCAGCCUGGCGCGCUGCAUAUCGACCGGCGAAACAACCAAGAACUACCUGGACUGCUAUACAUGUGGAUGGGGAGACACUCGAGGUUGUGGGCUUGGAGCCAGCUACGUGGUAUGAAAUUCGCAUCUUGGCACAGUCUCCAGCCGGCGAAACGCCUGCACUGUAUCGAGCUGCUACAAGGUCACUUGCAGGAGAUCAGAUAGGAGAACCAAUAGACUUGCCGGUGGAAGCACGUCUAAGCGACGUGGAAGACGAAGUAGAAGUUCGGAGUAGUGGAUGGGGGCGGACAGGGUUGUUUAGCGCACUCGGCGGAGGUGCGUUGGCCUUGCUUCUCGCAGCGACAAUACUCUUGGCAUCGUUACGACGAACAAGUGAUCCAACGCCGCCCCCGACAUUGCACAAUGGAAAGUCCAUAGAUCCACCUUUAGAUGACUGUGACGAGAUAAGUCCAUACGCGACGUUUAGUAUGUCGGGCAGUGACUCGGCACGCGGGGCGAGCGCAGCGCGCGCGUGUUCAUUGCACGUUCGUUCGCUACCACGCUCGCCACUCGCGCUAGCAGCGCCACCAAUGCGUCACCAUUUACUUGCUCAACCUAAUGAGUACGGCACAUGCGGUAGUGUACGUGACACAGACAGUGAAUCCAGUGGUUCGCCUUGCGCCGCGUGCGCAGCUGAACUCUACCGUCUGCCCGCUGCGCAUCUUUCAGAUACACUCCCAGCGGGUGCAAACACGGCUGCCGAAUCCAGCACAGAGGAUGGCUCAUACAGCUCCCGUCACUUGCGUCCCCGAGACAUAAAUCCCCGUGACACCAGAGAUACGCGUGACGUGAGGGACGGACGUGACACGCAACAGAGACGAGCACGUAGAAUAGCGCGUUCACAGCAACCGACUAUAAGGUAUACGGGAGCUGUUGCAAAUUGUGCACCGGAGAGGAACUGUACAUAAUAUUAUUAUGUUUGGGAACUUGUUUUUUAUUGACCGAUGUUAUUUUAUUAAAUAAAAU